GUCAAACCGGACGGGGUCCAGCGGCACCUGGUCGGGGAGAUCAUCCGGCGGUUCGAGAGGAAGGGCCUGCAGCUGGUGGGGCUGAAGCUCCUGCAGGCCUCGGAGGAGCUGCUGAAAGAGCACUACAUCGCCCUUCGUGACCGUCCCUUCUACAGCCAGCUGGUGAAGUACAUGAGCUCUGGGCCCGUGGUGGCCAUGGUCUGGCAGGGCCUGGAUGUGGUCAAGACAGUUCGCACGAUGAUUGGGGAGACCAACCCAGCCGAAUCCAGGCCUGGCACCAUCCGAGGAGACUUCUGCAUUGAAGUCAGCAAGAAUGUGAUCCACGGCAGCGACUCGGUUGAGAGUGCCCGGCAGGAGAUCUCCCUCUGGUUCCGCCCGGAGGAGCUGACUUGCUGGGAGAACACGGCCGAGCACUGGAUCUACGCGUGAGAAGGGCAGCCCGAGGGAAGUAUGUCUUCCUGCCUGGGCACGGGGCGUUUCCAUCCAUUUCAUCGCAGCCGCUUGGACUGGCUGUGGAUCCUGCUGCGGUGUCGCGUGCUGCGGGGGUUUCUGUUCUGCGUGUGGGUGGAGGGGUCCUGGGAGCCGGUCUGUGUGUGUAACUCUGCGGCUCAGCUCCCUGCAAGAGUAGCCACUUCUUUUCUUUCUCUCUCUGCUAUCGUAAGUAGUUGGUGUAUUGUUGCUCUGUUCGCUGCAGCAUCUUCAAUCCCAAGUAGCUCAAGGUGGUUUACUGAAG